AUGGCUCUUCACUAUCUGCGACAAGCAGCCUUCAUUACCAUACUAGCACAAUUGGGUGCCGCACAACGGCCCAGUAUCAUUCCCGAAGAUCUUGCUGGCGGGCUCUCGGGCGGAACAGAUGUUCAGGUGUCAUACACGGGAGAAGCGGUCAAUGGCUUCUCAGAUGGCACAUCCUUUAGCAAAGAAGCCGUAGCACAAGAACCUACCUUUGCCUUGGGCGACAGUGCAGGCAUAGCACCUGGUGUCUUGUACACCAUCAUCAUGGUCGACACAACAUGCUCAGACAAGCGUGUCCUCCACUACGCACGAGCAAACUUCAAGAACAACUUCGACAUCACAAACAUCAACACCACCUCCCCACCACAAUUAGAAUACAAAGCCCCCGGCGCCUUUGGCGAAACCGGCGACAACCGCCAAUACAGCUUCCUCAUGUACGUCAACCCACGGCGGCAGCAAAUCGACAACUUGCAACUCCCCGCCGAGGGUGAGGCAUUCGAUGUCGAAAAGUUCCAGACCGACAACAACUUCCAAGAGGCGACUGGUGGAGUAGGCAUGGUUGUCAAGCUGGGCGGCCAGGCGGAUUGUGCCGGAGGUCAGCCAAACGAACUCCCCAGCAACUUGCCAUCCGCAAGACCUCCUCGCUCGUCGGCCGCGAAUGCGGGACCAACAUCGUCAGCAGCGGGAGGCUCAGGUGCAGUUACAUCGGCGAGCCAGCGUCCUACGCCCGUACCGUCAGCAUCGCCGAACAACAGCAGCGGUAGUGCGCCGCGUCCUUCGGACCCAGCAGCGGCACCCAGCCAGGGUCAGGAUGGCGCUCCUGCGUCUACAGUCGUCCUGAGCAGUGCCGGACCCAACGGAGCGGUUCAGCCUUCACGCACACCUAGUGCCAAUCCUGCAGAGCAGACGGCGAACGCUGCGCUUUCCCUUUCGGCUGGAUCGUGCGGGUUCAUGGCACCAAUGGUUGCGAUGGUUGGGUUGGUUUUGUGGUAG